AUGACUCUUGUUCCUAUCCCAACUACCAAGCUUCCUGCUCUGGACACAGUCGAUCAGUACACAGUGCACGAUUUUUCGCAGAGCUCAGUAGUCCUGAGCCCCCGCAUCGAGCUUGCUUGCGAUACCAAUCUCCAAGCUGUUGCAAGUGACCUCGUUCAAGGAUACGCUCGCUUUGUCUCGAGCUUCACAGGUCUGGAAGAGAUCGCAUUCCUUGUCGCCCGUCAUGCAACCACCAUCUCUGGUCCAGAGAAAGAGCGCGGUGUGGUCUGUGCUUCUGUACUUCGGGAAGCCGAUGGCCAGCACUGCACCAUCGAAGAGGUGGACGAACAGUAUUAUAAUGCUGAUGAAGUCCACUUCUGUCUGGCUUUGGGAUUCUGCGAAGAACCUGAAAAUGGCGAGCAACACCCUCUUUUCAAGGGUACUGCAAACGUGGGUUCCCCGUUACUUCUCUUUGACUGUCGCCACAGCGCCUUACUGAUCGACCGGCAGAAUUUCACGCUAUACGUGGGGCCUUCCACCACCGCUACUAGCAUCCAGAUCUGCUUUAGCUAUCCCGACCGACUGAUCCCCGUCGUUGCAGUGGAUCCGAUGCUCAGGACCAUUGCCGCUCACUUGGCGGAUUCGUCUUCGUCAUUGGCCUUCGAGGCCUCCCUCCCCGAGCUUUCUGUUAUGAAUUUUCCUCCAUCUAUGAUACCCCCUUCACGACGCCAUGAUUGGAAUGAAUUGACUGAUUCUACGAUACCCCAACAACAUCUUCUCCACGCUGCGUUCGAGGGCUGGGCCCGGACAAAGCCUGAUGCCAUAGCCCUCGAUUUCGUUCAUUCUUUGCCUUCUGCAACUUGUUCUGCAAAGCACAGCAUUCUCACUUAUUCUGACCUCGAUCAAGCAGCCACUAAUCUAGCUGUACAUAUCAGGGGCCUGCUGGCGGCCCGCGAUGCUGCUGAUCGUGGGCGGAUUAUCCCGGUGUACAUGACGACAUCGCCCGAACUGUACAUCUCAUACCUUGGCGUAUUGAAAGCCGGAUUUGCAUUUUCGCCUAUUCCACAGGAUGCUCCUGUGGAUAGGAUUCGCGAAAUUCUUCAGGACAUAGACUGUCCUAUCAUUCUGGGUAAUAUACCCGAGCCAUCUUCGGGGCCUUGGUCUACUGAUGAGCGUGGUGAAGAUGAGCGCAUGCCCGUAUGGGUCAACGUAAAGGACGUUUCCAGAUGGGAGGAGCUGAUAAAUCGUGCUCAAUCCUCGCAAGCUGAGAGUGUCCUUGAGAAAGUGGAUAUCCAGGAUGACCAAAUCGCUUAUCUUCUCUUUACCAGUGGCUCCACUGGGAAGCCGAAAGGUGUGCAAGUAAGCCAUCUUGCAGUCACCUGCUCAAUAGAGUCCCAUGCUACGGCUAUCCCGCUCCCUGGUGAUUUUGAAGGCGACUUCCGCUGGUUUCAAUUUGCCUCUCCCACGUUCGACCCGUCCCUCAUGGAGAUUUUCGUCACCUUGAGCACCGGAGCUACUCUCUGCUCCGCCGAUCGGAGCCUGACAUUGACUGAUCUCGAAGCCACCAUAAACGAAGCAAGGGCGACCAUCAUGAUGGCUACGCCGAGCUUGGCUGCACUCUUGCGACCAUCUCGGUUGAAUACACUCCAAUCUCUCUGGACGAUGGGCGAGAAGCUCAAUAGGACAGUCAUUGCAAAUUUCUCAACUACAUCACUCGAUGAACCGCAUAGAAUGUUGGUAAACGCAUAUGGACCCACUGAGGCCGCCAUUAAUUGUACCUAUCUGGCACCAGUUGGUCGCUCGGUUCGGGGCUCAAUUAUUGGCAAAGCGCUUCCGACUUGCGCGAUGUUUGUCCUAGAUCCCAACAAUCACGAACCAAGACCAGUCGCAGCGGGUCUUGCUGGUGAGCUGGCAAUAGGAGGUCCGCAAGUCAGCAAGGGAUAUCUGAACCGCCCGAAGGAAACUGCGAAGGCCUUUGUGAACAGCGCAGAGUUCGGGUACUUGUAUCGUACUGGGGACAUGGCGCGCAUCGUCUGGGACGAAUUCGACUCUCCAGUGAUUGAGUUUCUCGGUCGGAUAACCUCAGAUCAGGUGAAAAUCAGCGGCCGCCGGCUUGAACUUGGCGAGAUUGAGUCGGUUCUGUCGACAAUCCCUGGAGUGACAGAAGCUGUGGCCGUGGUACUCAACCGCGACUUCGAUGUACAGGGAAGUGAGCAAAUAGUGGCGUGUCUCGUUGUCAACAACAGCGACGCGAGUGCUGUCGAGAAACAGACGAUAGCAAAUGAGGCACACCCCAAAGCGCAGCAGUACCUGUCCAAUUAUAUGUGCCCCUCCACAUAUGCUUUCUUUCCUAGCCUCCCACGGUCGAGCUCCGGCAAGGUUGACCGCAAAGCAAUCUCGGCUCAGCUUCGAGAACCAGGCAAGAGUGGUGUUCAACUGUACACCCCACAGAAGACUGUUCCAGACACUACGAAUGGUGUACAUCAUCAGUGGGAAAUUCCGGAGGACGAGAAUGUGUUGUCUGUACAACAGCUUGUGAUUGAACUCAUCGCUCAGACAACAGACGAGGAUGUCGCUGCUGUCACGCCUGAAGCUGGUCUGUAUUCCCUCGGAAUUGACAGUCUCGGCGCGAUGCGACUUCUGCAGCGGUUACGGGACCAUGCUAUUGAUGGUCUGUCUGUCGGCGAUGUGUUGCAGUCGCCGACACCGGAAGCUCUGGUUUCACUCGUCUUCCAGCGUCGUCAGCUGGCGGAGAAGGCAGAUACCGAUGAAAUCCACGACUCGCUCCAUCAGAAGCUUCAGGAAUUCAGUCAACGAAAUGCACUCAUAUGUGCAGCAAGACUAAACUUGAUGCAGAGUCAAGUUGCGAGAGUUCUUCCGACAACAGCAACGCAAUCAGGCAUGCUAACCAGUUUUCUGCGUAGUUCAUCUGAUAAGACAUCUGCGGCUCGCUCGUACAUCUACCAUACUGUCCUGCGGCUUGAACCUGAUGUCGACCUUCCCAAGAUCCAGAGGGCUUGGGAUACGGUUCUUGCCAGCUAUGAUUCUUUUCGCACAGUAUUUUGUUGGGUUGACGAUGAUAUGGCGCCAUUUGCCCAAUGCAUUCUUGCUCCUGAAGCAGUGCCUCACGCUGAUUGGGCUGUCUAUCAAGUAGCCGAGACUGUCUCGAACGAGGCGGCUCUUCAAACUGCACUCCGCGAUGCGGAGGAGGCCAUUGAUCUUAGCAAACCACCUUUUAGGUUGUCUCUGGUCAGUAGUCACACGGGGAGCCAGAUUGUUCUGAGCAUGUUCCACGGAAUCUUCGACGGUGGCUCACUGCAGCUCUUGCUUGAAGAUGUAACUUCUAUCUACUAUGGCAAGCCAGGCAAGCAACGAACUUCAAUUGAGCAUGUUGUGAAGCAUCACUUUCAAUCAGAUCAGGCCGCAACCUCCGAUUUCUGGAACAGGCAUUUAGCACAACAAUCUCCUGUUCCGUUCCCAUCCUUGACCUCAUACCGACCAUCUACAGUCAAAACCACCGGCUGCGCGGAGAUUACAGCCAAUAUCCGUCAUGAUACCCUCAAGAAGAGAUCCAAAGUUAUUGGAUCAAGUCCUCUUUCCGUACUUCAGGCAGCCUGGGGAUCGAUCUUGUUAGCUUACAGUGGUACGCCUGAUCGGGAUGUUGUGAUGGGCAGCGUUAUCUCAGGCCGACUUGACGUUGUCUCGGAAACCUGCAUUGGCCCGACAUUCACUACUGUUCCGAUCAGACUCACUCUUGAGAACUCGCAGACCAACUCAGCUGACACCUGCACAAAUCGCGCCAUCACCCAAUGCCUAACAAAGCUCAAUGCAGGCGCUCUGUCUCAUCUGCAACCUGGCUUGGGAUCGCUCGUUACGGCGGAAGGAAGACUUCCAUACGAUACACUGAUAGCGUAUCAAGAUUUUAGCGCAGGCUCCAAUGCAAGUGGUAUCUGGAGCUCAAUCCAUCACCCGCCCAUGGCGAAUGACUUUACAGUUAUGAUUGAGGUGUGGCCAUGUUCCGACUCCUCCUUGACAUUCCGUGCCAGUUUCGAUGAGUCCAAGCUUGAUCUGAGUUCGGCAAAGAUGAUGCUAGGACAGAUGUCUGACAUCGUCGAAUUCAUCCUCAAUGAGCCAGAAGGGAGAUUCCUCGACGGCCCGAUGAAGACCAAUUGUAAUUCGAAAUCAUGCUUCAAUCCGCAAUCUAGGAUUAUCGAGGAGGCAGAAAAAGGAUCUCUCCUACAAUCGCAGUUUGAGGACCACGCACAAUCACACCCUGAAGACCCUGCUUUGAUUUUCAAGCAUAAUCUGGAUGAUGAAAAUGACGUGCGGAAUAUCACCUGGUCUUACGGGAAGCUCAACGACAUAGCCCAAAGACUUGCAGUGCAUCUUACCCGAAUCAGUGGUGAGCUCAACAACCGUCCGAUUCCAAUCUGCAUCGAGAAGAGCCCUGCCAUGUACGUUGCGAUCCUCGGUAUUCUCAAGGCUGGAGGCGCCUGGUGUCCAAUCGACACCAUGUCUCCCGCACAGCGCCGUCACGACUUGAUCGCACGAACUUCAUCAGGCACUUUACUGGUUUCUGACCAUGAUGGACCCCAGCCAGACGGCUCGAUUCCUGCCGGGGUACAGGUCAUAGAUGUGAAUAGUUUCGUUGAGGAGACAUCAGCUGAAACGAAUGGAGCGAAUUCCACCAUCGUCGGAUCUCCAGCCAACUCCAACGAUAUGGCAUAUUUGAUCUGGACCAGUGGAACAACAGGCGCACCCAAAGGUGUGCCGAUCAAACACUCGUCUGCUGUGUCUAGUAUGAGAACGCUCCAGAAAGAUAUUCCUACGGAUGUGCCGGGGGGUGUAAGAUGCUUGCAAUUUUCGUCUUACACUUUCGAUGUAUCAAUUCAGGAUAUUUUUUAUACCUGGGGUGUUGGUGGCGUUCUCAUUUCUGCUACGAGAGAUAUCAUGCUUGGCUCGUUUUCAAGGCUCGCCAAUGUCACCAAAGCAACGCAUGCGCAUCUGACCCCUGCUUUCUCAGCUGGAGUACCUCGGAAGAGCUGUGAGACAUUACAGGUCAUUACCAUGAUUGGCGAAAAGCUGACACAGUCCGUGGCUGAUGACUGGGGUACCAAUAUGAGGGCUUUUAACACAUACGGACCAGCCGAGGUCACAGUCGUCUCGACCAUCAGAGAGUUCGGCAAUGAACAUAAGAAUGUCAAAAGCGCGAACAUUGGUUGGCCCAUGGAGACUGUCUCGGUCUUCGUGACCAAGGGUCAGCGCCUGGUCAUGAAGAAUGCCAUCGGAGAGCUGGCACUUGGCGGUCCACAGCUCUCGCCUGGCUAUCUGAAUCAGGACGAUGUCACGAAAGCGAAGUACGUAUGGAACGAAGAAGCUCAACAAAUCGUCUACUAUACUGGUGACCUCGUUCGAAUGCUUGCCGAUGGCUCUCUUGAGUACAUCAACCGCGUCGAUGAUCUAGUCAAGCUGGGCGGUAUUCGGGUGGAGCUGAUGUCUCAUAUUCCGAAAACUCCUUCAGCCAAGACUGAUCGCAGGGCACUCCAAGCUGCCUAUGCAUCGGUUGACAUCGAUGGCUGGGAAUCUGAAACAAGCUUGGCCAAUGGCUCGCUGGGUACUAUCGAUGAUUCCGUUGACGCAUCCGUUGCUGCCCACAUAGUUGAGACAAUUUCUUCAUUGGCCGGCAUUUCAACCUCACUUGUCUCCAAGUCCAGCCGGCUCGGUAGCCUCGGCAUCGAUUCGAUUCGCGCAAUUCGGGUGGCCUCUAGACUGAAAGAAGCCGGUCAUCAAAUUUCGGUCGUUGACGUUCUCAAUUGCGUGACCGUCCAGGAUUUGAUGCUGCUAGUUUCUGACGCAAGUCAAGGAACUCCAGCCGAAUUCUCCGAAUCGUUCGACGUGAGCGAUUUCAAUGAAACAUGGCAUAGUGCCGCUGCGAAUCACAUUGGAGAAAGCUUUAGGAUCCUCAAAGCAUCUCCAUUACAGGAAAGUUUGCUUAGUGAGACAAUGGGCACUUACUCCAUGUAUUGGAGCAAUCACUUCUUUCUCUUGGACGACAUGGUGGACCUCCCAAGGUUGAAGCAAGCUUGGCUCGCUACGUGCCAACGCACCGAAGCUUUGAGGACUGGAUUUAUUCCUGUCGCUGAAAUUGGAAAAUCAGGCUCCAAUACGGCCGAUUAUUGUGAUUCAUCUAUAUUGCAGAUUGUCUACCAACUUCCAGACCUCAACUGGAAGGUUCUGCAAUGCCCUGAAUCUGAUAUGGCGGAGCUUCGUGACAAAAGAUUGCAUGAUAUUAUGUCCACGCAUCAGAAGGCCUACUUCAGACAUCCACCGUGGGCUGUCACCAUAUUUGAUACCGGCGCCGAGCAUAUUAUGAUGUUCACAGUCCAUCACUCUAUACAUGACGAGCCUUCACUUGGUCUCAUGUUGGAUGACGUGCGAUGUGCUUAUACUUACAAACCGCCCUUGCGGGUACAGCUUAUUGAUGCCUUUGCACUCAUCCUUCCAACCGACAAGAGGAUCAAGAAGACUAGCCAAUUCUGGGAAUCGCAGCUGAAGAACUUUUCUGACCAAGAUGCUCCUGUUUGGCCCGAUCUUACUGGCAAGAGAAUGCAACCGGGUGAGGUCCCAGUGUACGAGUUGAUUUCAGAAGGGCUUCCCUUGACCGAGCUGAGCGCCAAGCUGCAGGCAACUGCAGUAGAACUGGGACUGUCGUCAAUCGCGUCCAUCAUUCGCGCAGCGUGGUGUUAUGUAUCAUUGAGCUACCUUGGAGUUCCAGCAGCCGUGUUUGCUGAGACGCUCUCUGAUCGUGUUCUACACCCCGACCUCGAGAACAGCAUUGGACCCUUGAUAUCCGUCGUACCCGUUCCAUUCCACCCUAAUGGAAGCGUUCGGGAGAUACUUGUCAAUCAGCAUCAAGUCUCUGUUCAGUCCUGGAAGUACCGUCAUAUUCAUGCUCGCGAGGUUCGAAAGUUGUUGAACCGCCAGAGAGGCGAGGCGCUAUACCCUGCGGUAUUCAAUUUCCACAUUGCCACCGAUGACUCUAUUGAGCACAUAGAGCCAAGCAUCUGGCAUGAAUUGGAUGAUGAGGUGGGCCUACACGUCGAACACCCUAUGGCGUUCAAUGUUUUCCAGCGCUCCAACGGUACGAUUCAUAUAGAAGCUUCUUCAGACAGCAGGAUAAUGUCACGAGCCCAGCUGUCGGUCUUUGUCCGCCAAGUUGAUGGAUUGGUGAGUUCAAUGCUCUCAUCGAUUGACGAGUCUUUCGGAAGUCUGGUCAACCAUCUCUCGAAAAGUCUGCGGUCGAUUUCGGAUCAGCCGGUUGGUGAAGAAGUGGCAAACUCAGUGCAGCUAAGCCCAACGCAUUGGCUUGAGGUCCAUGCUGCAAGGAAUCCUGAAUUGGUUGCCGUUGAGGUUGCCAGUACAAUAGCAGAGUCCGGGAUCGAGAAGGAGACAAUGACCUAUGGUACAUUGAAUGCCGAGGCGAAUCGAGUGGCUGCCUACAUCGCCUCACUAGGUCACAAGAACAGAAUGAUCGCGGUUUGCUCCGAGCGAGAUUUGAUCUCGUAUCCCAUCAUCAUUGGCAUCUUCAAGUCGGGAAACACUUAUCUCCCGAUUGACGACGGACUCCCGGCUGAUCGAAAAGCUUUCCUGAUCGAGGAUGGCAAUUGCCCGCUCGUCUUCACCGAGAAACCAUUUGCUGCAUCCUUCGGAAAUGUGCCGAAGAUCUGCCAGAUAACGUGCUUUGAUGAUCCUCAGUUCUCUGAGUCAUUGACAGGGAUGCCAACCGAGGACAAGGACUACAUGUCUGAACCCGAUGAUCUAGCCUACCUACUGUAUACCUCUGGGUCGACAGGCAAACCCAAAGGCGUCAUGGUGACCAGAGGCAAUCUUUCGUCAUUCAUCGAGUCCUUUUCUGAAUUCACCUGCCGACGUGCCCCAGUCACUUUGGAGCUUGCGGGAACGGGCAGAUAUCUUGCUCAAGCCAGCCGUGCCUUUGAUCCUCACCUUCUGGAGAUGUUCUUCCCAUGGAGACAUGGCAUGGCGACCGUGACAGCUCCCAGAGCUAUGAUUCUCAAUGAUCUCGGAUUGACGAUCUCCAAAUGGGAGAUCACGCACGCCAGCCUUGUUCCAUCCUUGGUGGAUCAGUCGAAUAUCGUCCCUGCGCAAUGCCCCAGUCUGAAGUACAUGACUGUUGGCGGCGAAAAGAUAUCGCAGAAAGUUUUGGAUACAUGGGCUUCGGCACCAGGAUUUGCUCUUGUGAAUGCAUACGGUCCUACCGAGGCAACAAUCGGCUGCACUUUCGCUCCAGUGGGCAAAGAGACGAAUCUACGUAAUAUUGGGCCUCCACUAAGUGCUUGUGUCGGUCACGUCCUCAUGCCUGGCACACUCACAUACGCUCUCAGAGGCCAGACAGGAGAACUCUGUUUCACGGGUGACCUUGUUGCAAAAGGCUAUCUCAACAGGCCUGAUGCAACUGGGUUCGUAACCGGGCCAAACGGGGAGAAGAUGUAUCGUACUGGCGAUAUUGGACGCUUGAUGCCAGAUGACUCGGUUGAGUACCUCGGCCGCGGCGAUGACCAGACCAAGAUUCGUGGCCAACGACUAGAGCUUGGAGAGGUCUCCGAGGUUAUUCGCUCCUCUUGUAGUCUUGACAUCAGUGUUGUCACGACGGUCGCAAAACACCCUGGCCUCUCAAGGCAGCAGCUAAUCUCCUUUAUCGCGCGAUCCAACGCCCACAAAAGUGGGCAAGACGCAAAUGUCGCAUUCCUGUUCUCGGAAUUCGCCACGCUCGGUAAAGAGCUGCAGGAUGCGUGCAAGAGAAAGCUACCGAAUUACAUGGUGCCUGAGCUUAUUCUUCCCAUCACUUACAUUCCGCUGGCGCCUCUGUCCGGCAAAGCGAACAUCAAGGAACUGGCUGCUCUCUUCUCCGACCUCCCCCUUACCACUGUUUUGCAAGGCAAUAAUGCCUCAGGCAAAGACGGCACCAUUGGUAACCGGCCUUUAUCUGUCGAUGAGCAGGCUGUGGUGAAAGAACUCUGCGAAAUUGUUGCGGCAGAUCCAACAUCAAUUGGACCAAUGACAAACAUUUUUGAGAUUGGCUUGGAUAGUCUCAGCGCAAUUGGUCUCUCAAUCAAGCUCAGGGGAAUUGGCUAUCAGGCUACAGUGGCUCUUGUCAUGAGUAAUCCUUUCGUCGAGCAACUUGCACGUUUGCCUAGACGUUCCUCUUCGGCGACAGAGACUGCCAUCUCGACUGUUCGUCGGCGAUUUGCUCAAGUCGAGUCUGAGUAUAGGGAGCAUCCUGUUGCAGAUAUUGAUCCAGCUCGCGUGGCUGCUGUUCGACCUUGCUUACCCCUCCAAGAAGGUCUAGUUGCACGAUCAAUGAAUGUUGAAGGCCGCCACCUUUACGUCAAUCAUAUUAUCCUGAAACUUGAGCAAUCUAUUGAUCUGUUUAUGCUAAAGACUGCGUGGCAAACGGUUGCCGAUGACAAUGAGAUUUUGAGAACUGCUUUUGCUCCCUUCGACAAGCAGAUAGUGCAGGUGAUACUUGCAGCUGAUGCCCAUCAAAUCUGCUGGAUGGAAGAAGAGUACGACAACUUGGACGAAUGCAUGAAGAGACAUGAGGACAAUCAUGACCAGAUCUCUCGAGAAAUAGUCUCAAACAUGACUAGAUCUCCACCUGUACGAUUCUCAGUUGCAAAGUCCUCUGGUACCAAUGAGCCUCUUGCAUUAUUCAUCGAUAUUCACCAUGCACUUUACGACGGCGAGUCCUUCUUCAUGUUGAUGGAGGAUGUUGCAGCCCGGUAUGCAGGUGAUGAAGUGGCCCAGAGAGGCUCACCGUCAGAGUUCAUUGAGCAUGUAUACACCCAGAAUCUGGACAAAACAAGAGAGCAUUGGGUUUCGUUUCUGGCGGGCUAUCGCCCUACAACUUUCCGAAGAGAUACCGAUGCCAUGGAGGAUUCUGCUUCGCGAAGCAGGAAGCUCCACAACAGUCUUAGCGAACUGGAGCGGUGCUCCGCAGCCCUCCAUACCACCGUGCCAUCCCUAGUUCAAGCAGUAUUCGCGCUCCUUCUGGCGGAUACUGUUGGAGCUCCCGACGUGACAUACGGUUUGGUGCUUUCGGGCAGAGCCGUGUCUGUACCAGGCGCCUCGUCCGUUCUACUACCGUGCAUCACCACUGUCCCAGGCCGUCUUAGUGUCACCGAACUAGAAACCGUUGACGAGGUAAUCGAACAUGUGCAAAAGUCUACAAUUCGUUCUCUUGAAUUCCAACACACUCCGCUGAGACACAUUCAGCGAUGGAUCGAAGCCGACGCACCGCUGUUUGACUGCCUUUUCUCAUACAUCCGCACCACACCUUCCCCAAAACACUGCUUAUGGCAGGAGUUGGACAGCCACAUGCCUGCAGAAUACCCCUUGGCAGUUGAAGUCGAGGCGAACCAUGCAACGGACAUGAUCGAACUACACUGCAACUUCUCGUCGUCGUUCGGAUCUUCCUACGAUGCGGAGGUAUUUUUGGAGAAGAUGGAGGCCGUGAUCUCGAGUGUGGUGUCUGGCGACGGUCUUUCUUUGGCCAAUUUUAACUUAUCCCGGCCCUCAACACCGGGCACACAGUCUCCCAUUGUUGCAUGGGACAACUCCAACUGGUCAUCCAUUGAAACCCAGAUUCGAGAGCACACUGCGGACUUCUGUGGACUGGCCAUAGGGGACAUCACGAAGGGUGCAUCGUUCCUGAGUCUAGGUAUCGACUCGGUCACGGCGAUCCAAUUCUCCCGUAGACUUCGCGAUGUGGGAUUGAGCGUCUCUUCGUCUGACGUGAUGCGAUAUUCCUGCAUAGGCGCACUUGCCAAGUACGUCGAUGACGUUACCAGCAAUGGAGUCCCAGAUCAGGACUCAGAAAGCGUUGAAGGUGACAAAAUUGAUGUUGCAGUCUACGGUCAAUACGCCCGCCUUCUGGGUAAGGAGGAUUCUAUCACUGCGAUGUUCGAGACUACGCCUUUGCAGUCGGGAAUGCUCACUCAAACCCUAGCCACCGACGGGCAGGUCUAUGUCUACCCCCAUCCCGUCAGGCUUGCCGAUACCGUUGACAUCACUUGUCUCAAAGAGGCCCUGGCCCAGGUCAUUGAGCGAAAUGAUAUCCUGCGCACCUCAUUCCACCAGAUACAACAGCUCGGGACUUCCUGGAUUGGUGCUGUCCAUAGCAAACCACCACUCGAAUGGACAGAGAUCACCCUACCCUCUGACGCGAACGUCCUGUCAGAGAUUGCGGCUAUGUACUCUUUUCGGGAAGAAUCUAGCUUUGAAACUCCUCCUCUCAAGAAUUUCUUGGUCAGCCAACCGGAGGGGAGGGUCCUUGUGACUGUCUUGCACCAUGCGCUCUAUGAUGGUGCUUCUAUCCCGUUCUUCUUUGAAGAUUUGGCGAUAAUUUACAAUGGUGAUCCGGCCCCGGAGAGACCGAACUUCUCGGAAACAGUCAAGCAUAUUCUGAAAGGACAAGACGAGUCGUCCAAGUUCUGGACCCUAAGAUUACAGGGAUAUGAGAUCUCUGAACUUCCCUUGCUUCCUACCUCUGAAUCUGCCGACUGUGUGUACACUUCCGAGCGCUUAUUGGAUGCCGAUUUAUCUACAGUGAUUGAGGCUUGUAAAGCAAUGGAGGUUACGGUUCAGAGCGUCUGUCUCUUGGCCUACGCCAAAUUGCUGGCUCAUCUUAUGGGGAAGCGUGAUGUGGUAUUUGGACAAGUCCUGGCGGGGCGAUCGCUGUCAGUGGCCGGAGCUGAGAAGACCCUGGGACCGCUCUUCAACACUGUCGCCCAGAGAGUCAGUUUCGAGCCAAGGUUUCUAAGCAACAAGGCAAUGGCUCUUCGCCUGCAACAAAUGACAACUGAUGCACAGAUGCACCAGAAUGCGCCUUUGCGGACGGUGCAAAAUUCGCUCAGACGGUCCAAUGCUCUUACCUCGGCAUCGUUGUUUGAUACUCUUUUUGUCUUCCAGAAGAGUGCGGACUUUACCGGCAGUGUUAUCAGUGAGCAGACGAUCUGGACCCCGUAUGAGGUUGACGACUACACCGCGCAGGCUGAGUACAAACUGAACAUCGAGGUGGAUCAUGCAAGCCAUGGUCUUGUGGUCAAUGCUGCCUGCAGUGGAAAAUACUUCAGCCAGAAUGCGCUUGACAAGCUCCUGGAUGAGUAUGCUGCAAUCAUCAGUGACAUCGUCGAACACCCCACGAGGUGUGCCACAAUUGUGCCCGAUGGCCUUGGUGAUCUUCCCAUGAAAUUGUCUCGGGAUGAGUCGCGGGAUGAUGAGGUCGGAGAUUCCGCUAAGCCUGUGCUUGAGGACAUAGUCCGAUCAAUACUUGCAGAGGUGGCUGGUGUUACCGUGUCCAAUAUCAAACCGGACACUAGCAUCUUUAGCAUCGGGUUGGACUCCCUGUCAGCCAUUCGUAUCGCCUCUCUUUGUCGCGCAAAGGGACUUAGAACUGGCGUUGCCGACAUACUGCAAGGAAACACUCUUCGCGGUAUCAGUCAACGGAUUCAGUCCGUCUCUGAGGAUCGCACGCAGUCACGGGGAUCCCUCAUUGAGAAUUACGAGCAGGUCGAGGAGGGUGUCCUCCAGCAACUUAGUCUGGAGAAGAGUUCGGUCGAAGCGAUCCUUCCGUGCCUCGGUGGACAGUAUUAUCACCUUGCCAGCUGGCUCAAGUCCGGAAGAAAGUUGUUUGAACCUGCCUGGCCGUACUUUUGCUCCGAGCGUGUUGAUGCCGCACGGCUAGAGGAGGCUUGGUUUCAACUGCAGCAGAGACAUCCCAUACUGCGGACGUGCUUUGCAGCGACCUCUGCCACAAACGCCGUACAGGUUGUCCUGAAGCAAGCGAUGCGUGACACAAGCAAGUUCAAGGUCAUUGAAUUUUCCUGCCCUAUCACGGAAGCUGCCAAGGUUCAAGCCAGGGAAGAGGCGCUGCUUCCGUCCUCCCUGUCCACGCCUCCUGUUCGUCUGCGGCUCUUGAAAGCCAGUGAUCGUGAUGGUAUUCUCGUGCUGAUCAACCACGCUGCGUACGAUGCGUGGACCAUGCCAAUGUUUGUGACUGAGCUUGCCCAGCUUUACCGUGGUCAGGAGCUCGACAGCAACCCUGACUUCCCGGCCUUCGUGGAUUUCUCGCUUGGCUCUCUCCGUGAGCUCGAUGAAAAGCGAUACUGGUCGUCAGCUGUGGGGUCAGCCACCCCUACUCUGAUCAAGAAAUCCCACAGCAGCGGAGGCGAGGUGCCCGAGCAGCUAUUCGUUGGUGCCUGGGAAAAUAUCAAGGGCUUGUCGAAAUUGGAAAGCAGCUGUCGGGCAGCAGGCAUCAGCCUGCAGACGGUGGUUCUCCUCGCGGUCUCUCGCAGCAUCGCUCGACUCACCGGGGUGUCGUCCCCUACGAUGGGUCUUUACCAGACUGGCCGUUCUGCGUCCUUCGACAACAUCGACAGAUUAUCCGGCCCAUGUCUCAAUGUGAAUCCAUUCCGCGUUCCCGAGGUCGCGCCAGGCGAGGACGCCUCUCCGGCUGAUGCUCUUGCCGAGCAGGCACGAGCCAUCCAGUCGGCCCUCGCAGAACGUGUGUCGUACGAGCAGAGCUCGCUCCGAGACGUGCUCUCGUGGUCCAGCACCCAGCAGACCGGCGGCCAUCUAUUCAACACCUGGGUGAACCUGCUUUGGAUGCAGAACGCUGUCCCGUCCGCCAAUGACACCGCACCGGACGCGGACGUAGACGAGAGCGGCGAGCUGUUCUUGCCGUUGCAGAUCGGCGUCCCGACGGACUUCAUCCCAUCGGAGCCGCUGGCCGAGACGGCAACGUCGGUGGCGGCUUUGGACACGUCCUUCCUUCCUGACGAGAAUGUGUAUAUCGAUAUUGGCCCUGAUUCCAAGACUGACUCGAUUGGAUUUGGUGUGCGGGUCGAGGGGGGCAUUCUGGAUGAAGAAGAGGUGCAUAGUCUGAUGACGGAGAUUGCGGGUGAGAUCGAGGGGGUUAUUUCGGUACUUGGUGCGGCUUGAGGUUGCAUUUACAUGAAGGGUGUCCAGGGAUGGCCGUUUUUAUCUCCUUCAUAUACUGCCUGCCACAUAUUGUGAAAUUUGUUUCUCCUGCAUAUACGGUCUGCCACAUAUUGUGAAAUUAGUUUAAGUUGCAUAUCACGUUGAUAGAUUGUUUUCCUUGUGCUUAGAGUUAGAUUCCAUAUUUCCAUAUCAUCCAUGAUUCUUGUCUUAGUG